CACUAACUUAAGCCUAAUCUAUUUUGGCUCUUCAGUUUCCAAAUCGUGUGCCUUCCGUUCGCAAACCCUUCUCGCUGCCUUCUGCAUCCACGACGACGCCUGCGGCGGCGCUGGCAAAAUCCCACUGCGAUGGCCACCAAAUCCCACGAGAACAAGAAGCCUACUGCCUCCAAGCCGUCUGUCAACCCCAAGUCCCCUUCCUCCGACAAGAAAUCCAAGCCGCCGAAGCCCACCGAGGAGCAGCGGGAGCAGGUGCCGGCGGUCAAGAAGCCGAAGAAGCAGAAGGUGAGGGACGAGAUCGAUGAGAUCUUCAGCGCCGCAAAGGCGGGAAAGAAGCGGAAGCCGCCGCAGCGGGAGGAGGCUGAGACCCAUGGGGACGGGAGGAAGAAGCCCAAGGAGAGGGCCGGGGGGAGCAGCAGCAAGAAGAAGAACAACAAGGCGUCGGGGAGUAAGGGCAAGGGUCGGGUAGCUGCUGCUGACGACGACGAGGAGGAGGAGUUCGAGGAGAAGCGGCCGCGUCGGCGCACUGCGGACGGACUCGCCAUAUACUCGGCCGAUGAGCUCGGGUUCGGCAAGGCCGACGCCGGUGGCACCCCGAUGUGCCCGUUCGACUGCGAAUGCUGCUUCUGAGCUCUGAGUUUGUCGGCUGCCGCCUUCCCUGCCGGAGGUGAUUUGCACGAGGCUAAUUCCAGUGUAGUUGUACUUGAUGAAUUCGGUGGCGUGUCCGCUUACAUCUGUGCUCUGAUGAAAUGGAAAUUUUGAUCCUGAAAUUCAGAGUCAAUGCUUACUGACUGGAGCAUUAAGAAUUUAUUAUGUUGACACAUCUAGAGCUUGUUGUUUGUUGAUCAGCCGUAGCUUAAUACCUAGCGUUUCAGUGCAACACAAUUUGCCAAGUAUGUCAUGUAUCACUGAGCGUGUUUUUGUGGGCAUUGCAUCUGACAAGCUCGUCCUUUUCCCCAGUGCGGUAAAUGCGGUUUUUCUUAUCUGGCUGAAGAAUAUGUUCCAAUGGGAGGAUCAACUCAGAAAUGCGGUUUUUCUUA